GUGAAGCUAGAUCUAAAAGGCUCGACGGUGGAGACUCGCCUGAUAGAUGAUAUCAAAUAUCCGUCCGGUGGCUUUUUUAGGCCUUUGAAUUCCACCCACAAUUCCCGUAGUCGUACCUUCACCAUUUUCUAUCAGUGAGUUUAAUCUUCUAGUCCUUCUCUUUCAUUCACUAAUUUUUCCUUCUUGUUUUAUUUUAUAUUUUGCUUUUAGUAGAAAUUUUCUCAAAGUUUUGAGAAGAUAAGUGAUAGGGAGCAGCCCUAGUUUAACACACUGCCUCGGAUGAAGUGGAUUGUCCUUUGACCAAAUAAAAUGGAAUGUGAAAGGACUUUAUUUCUCUUCCCUUGACCGACCUCCUACCGUACUUCCAGCUUCCACCAUCCACAGUAUUGCCGCCGACGAAGACUGGUUCUCGCAUCCAAAUCGGGGCUACCUGAAAGGAAAAGGAAGAGACUUCGGCUAUUCAAGCUCUAUGUCGCCCAACCCCAUCAGCAACCCAACCACUGAGCAGAGGUCCAACAAAGGCACCACCAAGAAAGAAGUAAAAAGACGUAAUAUGGGUAUCCAGAUGCAAUCCAUCUUCUGUCCAAAGUUACUUUCUCUAUCAUCCGUUCUUGUUGUCAAUUCUUUCCUCUUGUGUCCAAAUUGUCUCACCGGCCAUUUGAAAUACAAGUUCUUUAGUUCCUCAAAUUAUUUGAUGAGAAAUAAGGUUGUCAAAGAAGUUAGUUUAAGAGCACUUGACAAUAAGAGAUUGAUUACCGAGUGUCCAAAUGGUCCUGAAAAUGGAAAGGAGCUAUCUGGUGAGCUAUACAACCAGAUAAUAUGUGCCUGUUGCAGAGCAGGAGAUAUUGAUAGGGCUAUGGCUCUUCUUUCUCAAAUGGAGGCUCUGGGCUUUCAUCCAAACUUGAUAUCCUACACUCGUUUAAUUGAAGCUCUUGGAAGUAUUGGUCGGACUUCAGAAGCUGAAGCAGUCUUUCAAGAAAUUGUAUGUUAUGGGUUUAAACCAAGAGUGAAAAUGUACAAUGUUUUGCUUAGAAUUUUCUUAAAGAAAGGCCUCCUAGGAGUUGCUGUUAAGGUCUUAGACAAAAUGGACAAUUUGGGUAUUGAAAGGAAUCAAGAAACAUAUGAGGUUCUUGUGGCUUACUAUGUAAAUGCUGGGCGGUUGGAAGAUACCUGGGCAAUAAUCAAUGAAAUGAAGCGCAGGAGGUUUCAACUGAGCUCAUUUGUGUAUAGCAAGGUUAUUGGUCUUUACAGGGAUAAUGGGAUGUGGAAGAAAGCAGUGGGCAUUAUGGAAGAGAUUAGGGAGAUGGGGAUGUCAUUAGAUAAGCAGAUAUGUAAUAGCAUUAUAGAUACCUUUGGGAAAUAUGGUGAAUUAGAUGAAGCGUUGAAAGUUUUUGAGAAAAUGCAACAAGAAGGUGUAAGACCUGAUAUAACAACAUGGAACUCUUUAAUUCGUUGGCAUUGUAAGGCUGGGGAUCUACCUAAGGCCCUUGAGUUUUUCACUGAAAUGCAAGAACAGGGGCUAUAUCCUGACCCAAAGGUCUUCCUUAGGAUUAUUAGCUGUUUGGGAGAGCAGGGAAAGUGGGAUGUGAUGAAGAAGAUUUUUGAGACAAUGAAAUACAGAGGACACAAAAAAAGUGGUGCCAUUUAUGCAGUUUUAGUUGAUAUUUAUGGGCAAUAUGGGAGAUUUCAAGAAGCUGAGCAGUGCAUAUCUGCUCUGAAGUCGGAAGGUGUUCAACUUUCUGCAAGCAUGUUUUGUAUCUUAGCAAAUGCUUAUGCUCAGCAGGGAUUAUGUGAACAGACACUAAAGGUGCUUGAAGUCAUGGAAGCAGAGGGAAUUGAGCCAAAUAUUAUAAUGCUGAAUGUGUUGAUCAAUGCAUUUGGUGUUGCUGGGAGACACAUGGAGGCAUUAUCCAUUUAUGAUUAUAUGAGAGAAAGUGGUAUUAAUCCUGAUGUCAUUACUUAUAGUACGCUUAUGAAGGCAUGUAUUAGAGCAAGGAAAUUUGAUGAGGUUCCUGAAAUAUACAAGGAAAUGGAAUAUGCUGGAUGUACUCCGGAUAGGAAGGCUAGAGAGAUGUUACAAGCUGCUCUAAUGGUCCUUGAACAGAGACAUUACACGUACUAGAUCAGUCUGGAAUUUAGAGUGGUUCAUUGUGCUGAUGUUUGGGAAGUUGUGGAUAACUAUGAUAAUCGAGAUGGCAAGGGAUACUCCUUUAAUCGUAGUCCUUGUGCGAAAGGAAUAAAUAUUGCCUGAGCUGAGUUAUUGUGACUUUCUGUACCCGCAUGGCCCUGCUUUUACAUUUUAAAACCCCUCAAACUUCAUUAUAAUUCUUCAGAUGGACUGGGGGGGUUUCGACGCUUGGUACAGUAAACUUCAAAUAUUGACUCUGGGAUAUCAAGGCUUUUUGCACAGUUGGGCCUGUUUUGAAUCUUUCUUAGUAGCGGAAGCAACUGGCAAAGGAUGCUCCAGGCAGCAGCAGGAAUUUUUGAGGCGGAGGGUCUUCGGAUGAAUUGUUCCAUCUCUGGAGUUAUCAUAUUUGCCGGCGGUCACCAAGGGUUCUAGGGGCCUUCUUUCGACCAUCCAUGUAUCACCUUGCAAUUUUUAGUCAGAAACCUUGGGCCUUAACCCAACACAAUUGGUUUUUUUUUUUAGGUCCCUGCAGAACUAGUACGUGAACUAUUAUGAUGCAUGGUCAUAUAUGUUUUGUCUGCGAUUAUCUGGGGCAAAUUUGCAGACACUGCAGAUUGAAAUGUUAGAUGGUCUAGAUUGAUUAUUUCAAAAACAGAGAAUUGGAAGUGUCCAAAAGAUCAGAUUGAGUAGGUGAGUUAUAGACUAGCGCAUGCUCAAAUAAAUCUACAUGUUUAUUUCAACAAGAUUUUCAGCUUAUUCCUGCAUCAGCUUUUUAAAUCAGUGGGCUUAGAGAAACCCGAAAGCAUGGGCAAUGGAUGUGCUGAUUAGUCUCUCUUCAGAGCAGUUUUUGUUAAAUCAAUGGAAAUUAUAUAGAGUUGUCUUAUACCCCAUAUAAACUUCUAUAGCUUUUUUUU